AGUCCGAAUAUUCCUCAUUAUCUUGUAUUAAAUGUAUUUAUUUAUUUCAGUUUUUAUGUUAAAAAUUCUAUUUUUAAGAAGCAAGAAUAGAUAUAAUAAAAUAAUUCAUAAUAUUUCAUCGUAAGAAUAAAUUCGAAUUCGUAGAUUAGCUCAGUUGUUGUUUGAUGGAAAAAAAAGUGUCGUCCAAUAAGGUGCGAGAUAGCUGAUAAGUUGUGUCGGGGUGGAAAUGGGCAGGGAACGGAGCUUGCUUGUACGCUUUCGUGCUGUGAAGUGUUGGUUUCUUAAAGGGGGACAUCAUCAACUAUUCUUCACUCACCAAUCUCUAUUUGUGAUUCUUGUCUGUGAAAACGGAAUACGUAAUUGUUUUUAAUGUGCCGCGAAUAUCAGCGAUCAAAGCUCAUUUACAUGGUGAUCGUAAAGCGUUAAAAGAUGUUGGGAGACGAUCCACCGUACCUGUCAGUAGGUACGGAGGUUAGUGCUAAAUACAAAGGUGCUUUCUGCGAAGCUAAGAUUCGGAAGGUAGUAAGAUCUGUGAAAUGUCGAGUAACUUAUAAACAAGGAUUAGGCACUGCUACAGUUACCGAUGAUCAGAUAAGAGGGACUUUAAGAGUUGGUGCAUCAGUAGAAGCAAGACAUAGCGAUAAGAAGGAGUUUGUGGAAGCUACCAUUACCAAAAUACAAGACUGCAGUCAAUAUACUGUAGUUUUUGAUGAUGGAGACAUUACUACUUUAAGAAGAACUGCUCUUUGUUUAAAGAGUGGAAGACAUUUUGCAGAAAGCGAAACAUUAGACCAGCUUCCUUUAACACAUCCCGAACAUUUUGGAAAUCCUGUUAUCGGAGGAAGAAGAGGAAGACGGUCAAGGCAAGCUCAAGAUGAAAGUAGCGAUGAUGAGGAUAGUCCUCCUAGAGGAAAUCGUGAUUUUGCUUCUAAUAUGGGAGGAAAAGAAGGCAUUGAAACAGAACCUGAAAUUGGACGAGUUGUUUGUGUUGAAUUGGGAGACAAAAAGAAAAAAGAUAAUUGGUUUCCAGGAUUGGUAGUAGCUCCUACUGCUCAAGAUACUGUACGAAUUAGAGUAAGAGAUGAUUACUUGGUGCGUUCAUUCAAGGAUGCAAGAUACUACACAGUACCGAAAAAGGAAGCAACUGAAUUUACUAAGGAAUUGGUCAAUAAAGUUGAAAACAGUACAUUGAAAGUUGCAGUUGAAAAAGCAUUGCUAUUUUUAGAAAAAAAUGAAUUGCCCCCACAUUGGGAUAGAGAUUCUCUAUUUGGAAAUUCUGUUUCUAGUGGUAAUAGUGAUUCUGAUAGAGAAUUAGAUUCCGAUAGUUCAGAUGACGAGCCACGCGAGGAAAAAGAUCACUUUGUGGCACAAUUAUAUAAAUUUAUGGAUGAUAGAGGAACACCAAUAAAUAAUUGUCCUAUGAUUGGUUCCGAAGAUAUAGAUUUAUAUAGAUUAUUUCGAGCAGUUUACAAAUUAGGUGGUUACAAUCGUGUUACGAAUCAAAAUCAAUGGAAAUCCAUAACACGUCGAUUAAGUUUUUCAAUGCAAAACUCACCAUCUACGCACAAUUUGGUGAAACAAGCAUAUAAAAAAUUUUUACAUUCUUUUGAAGAUUUUUAUAGAAAAUUAGGUUGUACUAUGGUGAAUCAUCCAAGAGGUAGUACACGAAAACAACGUCCCGGUAGAAGUUUGAUUAGAGAUAAGGACAGAAAUACGCCUAUUCCACCACCAGCCCCAGUAUCAAAGAACGAAAAAGAGGAAGAUGAGAAAAAGUCACAAGAAGAAGAGAAAAAAGAUAAAAAGGAAACGAAAAAAGAACAGUUAAAAGAGGAUGAAUCAAAAUUAAAGAAAAAAGAUGAUGUAGAAGAAGUUGGGAGUGGGCAAGAAAGUGAUAUAAAUGUUGAUGCAGAUCCAGAAACUUCUAGUAGCGAGAAGUCACCUAAAAUUUCUCCUCAAAUUGCAUCAGUGCCAAGUAGAGCCAAGUCAAAAAGUAAAGAAGAUAUGAAAAAAAAAGUUGUAGAAAAGAAAAAAAGUGAAACUAAAAAACAAGAUAAAAAGGAUGAGAAAGUGAAAGAAGAAGAGGCAACAAAAACAAGAUCUAAAUCUAAGGAUGACAUAGUAAAAAAUAAAGCUUCUUCCGAAGCAAGGGAGACACGAACACCAUCUAGGGAAUCCGAGAGAAGAGCUUUGACAAAACAAAGACGUUUAACAGAUGAGGAAUUAAAACGACGUGGUAGAAAGCGUAAAGAACAUGAAGCUGAAAAAUCGAGAACCGAUGAACAACUUGGAGAAUCGGCACCCUGUUACAAAGGUCCAGUGGAAUUAGGUGAUAGGUUAAAAGUUUAUUAUGGACCAACGCAUGAAUCUAAAGUUACAUAUGAAGCGAAAAUCAUUGAUAUGGAAAAAGAUGGUAAUGAACCAAUGUAUCUUGUACAUUAUACUGGCUGGAAUACAAGAUAUGAUGAAUGGAUAAAGCCAUCGAGAAUUGCUCAAAAUUUUACUCAGGCUCAGGGUAGAGUAAAACGUAAUAAAGCCACGUCCCGUCCUCAAACGCCUAGUACAAAUAGUUCUGGUAAUGUCAAUAAAUCUUCGAAAAAUAACGGUAAUACUGCCUCAAAUGCUGCUUCAAAUGUUGCUUCAACAAAUGCGUCCCAAAAUCGCCGUAGAGCACAAAGUGUCGUUCCUGUUACCAAUACUAUAUCCACGUCGUUUAAAGAAAUAAAAAAAGAAGAGAAAGAUAAGGACAAAGAAACAACACAACCCAUUAGGUCUACCACACCAUUAUCUGUAACAAGUAGCAGUUCUAGAACUAAGAGUCCUGCAACACCAGCUAAUAACAGACAAACUAGAACAAACAAAAAUGUGGAUCUUCCUGGAAUUGAACCACGUAGACGAACUAGAAGAACAUCAGGUCAUACAGACAUAUCAAUUCCAUCAGAAACUGAUGAAGACAGUGAAGCAUACGAAUCUGACACAACUGAACCAGAUCAAGCAAAAACAAGGUCCAAAGGAACAGAUGAAAGAAAACGAAGAGAUGUUAGAAAUCGAGAUGACAGAAUCAAAGCUGAGGAUAUUAGCGAAGGGGAGGAUGAUAAAGAUAAUAUAGAAGAACCUCGUAGAGGUCGUAGAUUAAGAAGAACACUUGGUAAGGUACAAGGUGUCAAAUCUGAUCCUGAUAGUGAUGAAGAACAACCAAAGGGUAGAGAUUUUGAUCUUAAUCAAAUAAGGUCUGAAUUAAAAGGAUUUGAUAAAGCAGUUAAAUUAGAAUUAGUUAGAGUUGAACCUAAUUCUGAAGAUGGUAUUAAAACGGAAGAAAAGGAAAAUGUUUCUACUUUAAUUUCUUCGAAAAUAGACAAAAAUGUAGAAGUAUUAAAAACAGAAAACAUUCCAAAUCCAAAGCCUAUAGAUAGCAAUGAAGACAUCUAUGAAUUUAAAGAACCGGAACCUUUUGAAUUUGAAGUUAGAAAUAAAAGAGAUACAAACGCGGAUAAGGACAAAAUAAAGAAAAGAAUGUUUGAAGAGGAGCCUAAAAGUCCCAAGAAAAAACAAAAACCAGUUACAAGCCCAAUAACCAAAGAUACUAAAUCUGAUUCAGACAAUGAUUCUCGUAAAAAAACCAGAAAGUUGUUUAGUAAUAAGCGAGCUGACGAUUCUAACGAUACGACGGUAAUAGCCCUUAACAAGCCAUUACAACCAACACCUUUGACGUGUGAAGAGGCAUUUGAUAAACUUUGUGUACCUCCGUCGUCAUUUAGUCAUAGUAAAUCAUCAACAAAUUUAGAAGAAACUGGAAAAGUAGUUAACAGUAUAGAUCUUCUGUUUAGUGAUUUACCAGGCGACGAUGAUGUUACUCACGAUGAUUCCGAAGAUCGCUUAAUAAUAUCAGAAACGGAAGUUUCGGAAACGGAACAAGAAAAUUUAUUUACUUAUCAUCAAGAAAUGUUUACUACAACUUCUGAUUUAACUGACACCAUUGAUUUAGAAAAGGGAACAACUAAUACUCAAGCUGAUCCCCCAAUAAGGGAAGAUUUAACAUUAUCAGUUAUUGUUAAUAAAUCAGGAGGAGCUUUGGAGCAAAAACAAAAUAUUAAGGCAUCGCCUGUAUCCAGACUAUCUCCAGAAUUAAAAACACUUGAUGCAAAACUUAUAAAUAUUCAGCCAAUUUUAUCACCGGUUGUAGUUACACCCGCUCCCAUAAGCGCGAGACUUCCGGCCACAUCUACGAUAGAAGAAAAGUUAUCAGCUGCAGCGAUGGCUUUUAGAAAUAAAACUAAAGAUACCCCAAAAGAAGAUGAAGUUUCUGAGUCUAUAAGAAAAAUUAAUAAAGAAGUUACCAAAAAAAUAGAUGCUAGUGUCGUCUUGCAUAAGAAUAAGGAAGAUCAGAUUAUUUCCAAACAUGGAAUAGAUAAUAGAAAUCGAGAAGAAGAUACUACAAUGAAAGAAGAAGAGCAAAGAAGAGACAUUAUGUGUGUAGUUAUUAAGCAAAAGGAAGAAGAACUUCAGCAAUUAAAAUUAAAGAAAGAAUCUGAAUUAAAAAAAUUUACGGAAAUAAAAAUUGUUACAGAACAAAGAAAAACUCAAGAUAGUAAAGACGAUGAUUGGAAAAAUGAAGAUAAUAUACGAUGUAGUAUAAUAGAGGAAGAUAUUAAAGAACAAGAUUCAAAAGAGAGAGAAAAGGAUAAACGAAAAAAAGUUGUUAAUCAAGAAAUUGUGGAUUCAACCGAUAGUAGUGAUUCCGAACAGAGGCUUGUUAUUGAUAACGAAGAGCCUCAAGAUAUAAAGGAUCCUAUAUCUAACUUUGACACCAAAUUGAGAGCAGAGUUAGAUAAAUUUCAAGAUGGCCAUGAACACUAUCCUAAAACGCAAACACCUAAACCUGUACUAAAUUUAAAUCCUCAACAACAACAGGAAUGUAUAUCUGAUUUUAAAUCAGAAUCAAUAUCAGGAAUUAUCAAUAUUAAGACAGAUGAAGAGGGUGAAACAAUUAAUUCAUUGCUUUGUGAAGAAGAAAUUCCUGGCUCGCCAGCGCCUCCUAUUGAGAUUAUAGAAAAAGAUAAUGCAGGACCCUCGUAUUCACCGCCACAAGCUGAGAUUAAUGAAAAUAUUGUUUUACUGGAAAUGCCUUUUGCAAGUGCUCCAACUUCUGGUGAAAGCACAACAAGUAACACUGUUGCUACUCUUAGUAUGGCAUUGCCAAAGCCUGUUGAAACAUCUAUUCCAUCUGCAUUGCCAAUACAGCAAAAUCCUUCGCUUGGGUUACGGCAACAAGUACAACAUCAACAUUUACCAGCGCUUAUGCCUGCACAAAGACGGGAAAGCAAUGAUGCAGCACCAGUAAUGGAUAAUACUCCUCCUACAACACCAGACUCAAGUAUUUCAAACAUCUCUGGGUCUCCUCGAGAAGAAAGAAUUGGCGGAUCUUCACCAACUUCUGAAGAUAAUAUGAAAUUAAAUAGGGAUAGUUCUGAAGCAGAUAAUGAUAGCGGUAGCAAGGGACAAGGAUUUAGCGAAGAUGAUAUAUUAACCAAUUCAGAACGAAAUUCAGGAGAUAGAGCAUUAAAAGCUCCAGCUAAACGAUCUGUAGAAGAAGCUCAAAGUCCGAAAAAACGAAAGAGAAAUAGAAAACAUUCGGAAUGUGGAGGAAAUAUUCCUAAAAAAUCUGGUAGGCCAAGUGGUCGACAUACCAGAAAUGGUGCUGGCAGUGAUAGCGAUGAUACAAGCGAAGGGUCUAAUUUAUGUUUAGUAAAUCCAACAUCUACAAAUCACACAAAUCUUAAUAGUGUAACAGAUCUCAACAAUUAUUCAUCGAGACCACCUAGACAGGUGAAAUACAACUUCUAUGUGGAAUUCGGUCCAGAAUUGGAUGGAAGCCAAAGAAUAGCUGUAUUGCAACAAAAAUUAACAGAAUUACGCCAAACAUAUAAUUCUGUAAAGGUUGAACUUGCUGCUAUAGAAAGACGGAAAAAGAAAUUACGGAGAAGAGAUCGAGAAGCUACAAAAGCAGCUAAAGCGGAGAUGCAGCAGGCCUGUUCGUGAUGGGCUGUGUUGGACAGCUAUCUGCAUAUCUCCACAUAUUAAAGUCUUUUACGUAUGUAUAUGUACGCAUGUAUACAGCGAUGCUUUCCCAAAAUUUACCAAACGAUUCAUAGUAAAAUUAUUUUAUUACAUUUUCAUUAUUUUGAAUAAUAAUAUUGCCAUCACACACACACAUAAUGUUAUGAUUCGUCAGAAGGGUAGACUAACAUGAGAAUACUAAAUAUAUCAGAUAAUUAACAACUUUUACUUAUAAUAGUGAUAGUAAAUAAAUCUAAUUUUCAAAUUAUUUCAAUUAACUUAAACAUCUCUAUGAUAAUUAACUUUAAUGCUAUUACUAAUGCUAUAACUGUUUAUCAUGAUAUGUGUCAUUUAUGGAAUUUUACAAAAAAAGAAAAAGAAAAAACCUAUCAAAUUCUCAAAUUUGGUAUACAAAUUUACAUUACAAACAUUACAAAAAUAAAUUUAUUUUAUGCCUGCUCGUCAUUAAUAGCCGAUUUGCAUGAACUCUAAGAUUUAUUGGUGCGAACCGGUGUGAACUAGAAGGGAAGCAUUUCAACAUAUAUGCAUAUAUACACAUACAAGAUCAAAGAUCAUAGUAUGGGCACUCUGCAAUCACGGCAAAAUUCAUGACAAUUUACCUGUCUAUUUAGGAUUCAUUAGGAAAUUUUCUCCACUAAUAUAAAUUGUAGAUAUAGGUGUAAGAUUAUGUAUGCAAUCAAGAUUAAAAAAUGGUACGUAAAUAUAUAUAUUAGGUGUAGCAAACUAAUUUGGUGCCUUGAUAUUAAAUUCAUUGCGUCAUAAAUCACCAUUUUUUUCUCGUCAAGGAAUUUGGCAAUUGCCUGAAAAAUGGACCAAAGUAAUCAAAAAUAAUGGAGACUAUUUCGCAAAAUAACAGAUGUAUGAUUACUUUAUAAAUAAAUACUAAAUUUAUUCGGAAGGCACCGAAUUAACUGUUACACAAUAUAUAAUAUAUGUAUGUGUCGGCGUUAAAUCCUAUAAUUUAGUUAAUUCAUGAAAUAUCUAAGUCUUACGCGAAAUAACUAAUCGUUUUUGGAAAAAUAUAUAAAAAAAAAUUGUAUUAUAUACUUGAACUAAUUGUUUUAGGAAAUAAUUAAAUAAUAUGUGAAUUUACGAGAGGCGAGUAGUUAAAGUAUAAAAUUAAAAUUUGAUUCCAAGUAUAAAAAAAAUAUUCAUCGGCUUCGUUUCAAUAUCUGCCUAUAUUGUUGUAAAACUGGAGACAGAAAAUAUGCGUUUCUUCGUUUUAAAGCUUUCCAAACGAAGGUUAACAGAUUUCAUAAAUUAACGCCAACAUAUAUAUAUAUAUAUAUAUAUAUAUAUACAGGGUCUUUCGCCUAACUAGACCACCUUAAAUAUAUCGCUUAUUUUGUAAGAUAGAAAAAAUGUCAGGGGAAAAAAAUAUUCUGUUCUAAGACGUCAAUACGGUGAUAACACCGUACGUUCUUAUAACUAAUAAAAAAAUGAAUAUUAUGAUUAUAAAUAUGUUGACCUUCAAGUGACAUUGCGAAAUGUUGCUCUUCUACAUGAGAAGUUUUUUUGCUUGUAUGAGUGUCUUACACGUUGAUUUGCAUUUGUUUCAUUUACCUUCGAACGAGCGCUUACUAAAGCUCCUGACAAACUCUUCAUAAUUUUCUCAAUAAAGGUCAUCUGAAGGUCAACAUAUUGCACAUCGUUGGAUUUGUUUUUUAUAAGCUGUCUUAGACUGUGUAGUGAAAAUAUACAGUCUUAUUUUAAAAAAGUACGAUGAUCUUGAAAUCUCGAAAAAAUGACAUUGAAAAAAAAUUCGACCCAUCACCGUAUUAGCGCCUCCAAACAGAAUAUUUUUUCCCUCUGACAUUUUUUUCUAUCGUACAAAAUAAGCGAUUUAUUUAAGGUAGUCUAGUUAGGCAGAAGAUUCUGUAUAUAUUAUAUAUAAUUUGAACAUUAUAAAGAUUAUAGAACAUUUAAGUUUAUAUUACAUAUGAGGUACGUUUCUUCUUUGUUAACUAAACUUUGCUUUUGAGUCCAGUGUUUGUGUCAUUGUGGUUGAGCUGUUUUCAGGACAAUUAAAUGUCUUUAAUCUCAUAAGUACAAGCGCUGUUUCUCAUGGCAAAGCAAAUGUAAAUAGGAUUUGUAAUAUCAUUAUUGGCACAUAACUCUGUAUAUUAUAUAUAACAAGAAUAGCAUUUGUACAAUCUAAAUUUUUUAUUUAAUAGAUGUAUUACAAUUUAAUAUUAUUCUCGAUGCGUAUUCCAAGCAAUGUGUAGCUAUACAAUUACAAGGCAUAAGUGAAAGUAUGCAUUGUCGGCAAUUUGAAGUACAGCAUAAUUUCAAUAUUAAAUACAAGAGGAAAUUUGUAUUAUUUUAAACUAUGUAAAUAUAUUGUAGGAAAAUAAAAAUAUCUUACAUUAUUUAUAAAGUUAUAAAAAUAUUUGUUCAUAUUUACACAAAAAUUGUACAUGUAUAUUCUGCUUAAACCAGAGACAUCAACAGUAAUUAAUGUUUAUGAUAUUUUUUUUAAUCUUUUAAGAAUUUGUCAUGAAUACAGCUUAACAUAACUAUGAGCUUGAAAAUUUUUAUCUCAACCGUUUUAGUGCCAAGUGGCGCGAUCACGUCUAAAAGUACCAGCGCAUCAAACUGAUAGUCGAAAGUAAUUGCAUGUCGGUAUAUUUUCUUAUAAUAAAACAAAACACUUUCGAUACUGAAUAAGAUAAGCACUAUCGGUCCACUUAGCAUUUUUCGACCCAAUUUUCGUAAAGACCCGGGCACUCAAACAGUUAAACAAAUAAUUGGCAACUACUAUUGUACUUUAGUUAUUUCUAACUUUAUUAUCAAGAUCUAUAAUUGGUUAAAAACAUACACAUUUAUAUUUUUAUUUAAUAUGAAGAUAUACUAUAAUAUAGUAUACUUAUAUAUAAGUAAGUGUCCCUCGUGUACUAAGAGACUAACUGUAAGAUUAAGAUUAUGUAAGUUCAGAACCACAAAUCAAAUAACCUUGAAUGGGGCUAAAUUUGUAUGAAACAUGUUGGCUGAAAAGAGUAUGAAAUUUUAUAUAGAUAUAUAAUAUAUAUUUUUUAUAAGAAAUCAGUUGUGAACACAUUCAUUGAUAGAAAAUAAUCACACUGAUUGAGAAAAAUAGUAAGGAAAUGGGGAGUUGGACUCUCUAAAACUUUGUACAUAGUUUACAUUGCUUGCAUUAAGUACACUUAUAGUAUAUAGUUUAUAGUAUGUAGUUAUUUGUCGCACAGGAAUUUUAACAUUACUUUCAAGUGAUUUCAAAAAUCUUGCAAUAACAUUUACUGUAUUUUUAACUUAAUAAAGAGGAAGAAUUGUA